AUGGACAAAAUCGCCAUGUACAACUCCGCAACUUCGAGGCGUAUGACGCGUUCUCAAGCUACUGCCGCUUCUAGUUCCGUUUCUCGUUCCACCGCGUCUUCCUCGGCCACUCCCCCCACGGCUCCUAUAGCAAUUCGCGCUACCACUGGUCGACCGAUUGCCGCACUUCCCAUCGUUUCUGUACCAACUCUUGCGACUCCAACUUCUCCAGCGGCCCGUACCGCGGCUCUGCCGUUCCCCAUUAUCAGGAAGUCCGCCACCAAGAAGCGGAGACAAGAUUUCGACAUUUUCGUAGACGACACCACAACAUAUCUCCCAACACCAGCAUCGCCCCCAGCCACACCCAACGUGCGCACUCCACUAGGCGUCAGGACCGCCAACUUGACGCCUCUGCCACCCUCUCGUCUCCCCGACACGCCAUUCACAUUCUCACAGUCCGACCCCAACUGGGAGGACAUUGAAAACUACACGCCCUGGUACCUAACUCCACCACACACCCCUCGCACGCACACCCUCGCACGCACCCCUCCCGUCGGCCCUUCCCCCCAGCCCUCCCCCCUCGCAAACCGUCUCCGUCUCCGUCCCCGCAGGGCCAAGACCUCCGCCGAACUCCCCGCCCCGGUCAACGUGGCCGCGUACCACAUCUUGGAUAUCGAGGACUGGAAGGUCUGUGCUAACACUAUCAAGACGGCGUACAGGGUUGCUGCUCUCCUUGCGCAUCCUGAUAAGGCUGCUACGACUGAGGAGAAAACGGAGGCUACGGCACUGAUGCAGCGCAUCAACGCUGCCAAGGAUAUGCUGGUUAACAGCAGUGCUCGUCGCCAGUACCAUAGGGAUGGCAAGGUGCCGUGGGAGGUGUAG